AUGUCUUCAUACCAACCGGAAGGCGACAACAUACGUGAAAGCGGUGCCAUAGAGAGUACGAGCGACACGGAACACCUUCGCAUAAACCAAAAGAGGCCCUGCGAAGGCGGACAGAGUGACGACACCGAAAGCAAACAAAGUAACGACGGAAGACAACAAAGCGACGGCUUGCAAGAGAGCAACGGCAUAGGGGGUGAUGCUCCAGGCAAUGAACAGCCAAGCCCAGGGGUCAAAAGGGGUCGGUCAGGUCGCCCAAUGUCAUCACCAGGCAGCCGCCAAGAGCUGGACGGGCCGUCUUUAAGAAGCUAUAGGAGGUCACAUUCGGACUCUGAGAGCAACAGUGACUCUGGUUCCAGCAGUGAGUCAGAGUACGACGACUAUGAUAAGUACGAAGACGAGGUCGUAGAUCUCAACCCGAGCCAUCCGCUACUAGCUAUUCGUUCGAAUUUAGUCGACUUCGUGUACGGUGAGGGCAAAUCAUGGAUCAGGUCGGCGAUAUACACCACACCGCAUCAGGACAGGCUCCCUCCCAAGAAGCGAUAUAGGACUAUUGAUGACAAGUUUGCCUUUGUCAAAUGUGAAGAGGGUGCUGAUGGCAGUCUUAUUGCUCGCCGAUUCGAUGGGUUCUACCACCUCGCAUGCCCUUAUUAUAUCACUAAGCCCGAGAAGUAUAAGUCUUGCCUUCUUGGCCACUCUCUUCAGUCAAUAGAGGAUGUUAUCGGGCACUUAAUCCACUACCAUAAGGAGCCGCCGUACUGCCCUAUAUGCCGCCAGGAAUUUGAUAGCCCGUGGGUACGCGACCAGCACGUACGGGCUAGAAUAUGUUCGAUCCAAAACUCGGGCAAGGUGGAUGGAGUUAACGAACAGCAACGAUACAAACUACGCAAGCGGGAUCAGGUACACCUAGGCGAGGCAAUACGUUGGAUGCGCGUCUGGAAUACUGUAUUCCCCGGAAUUCCACUACCAGAGUCACCAUAUCUCCAUACUGGCGUGGACGUGGCUGUGGUGAUGAUGCGAGACUACUGGGCGACUCAGGGUCUGAAGUUAGCCGAGGAUUACCUAGGUUCAUUCUAG